AUGACUCAAAAAGCCAUCAUGGGAAGUGUUUUGUCUGACUACCUUGGCCAUCAACCCGUGGAGGGUUACCAGCCGAUCAAGUUUGAGUUUUUCGAUGAAGACAUCAUGUUCAUCAGAGACUACAAUAUUCCUGGCCCUGGCGAAGGACCCGAACCAAGAGCGCAAUGGACGCCCGUGUUCGAUGGUACCUCUAAUGCUAAAGGCCAUGGAAUAGGGGAAUUAAUUACAUCUCCGACUAGUUUUCAUAUUUCGUUCACCACCAGACUUUACUUUGAUUGCACAAACAACAUGGCCGAAUAUGAAGCAUGCAUCUAUGGUAUUGAAGAAACCAUCGACUUGAGAGUCAAGAUUCUUGAAGUGUUUGGAGACCUUGCUUUAGUAAUCAGUCAAGUCAGAGGGGAUUGGGAAACUCGGGAUAAGAAGCUAAUUCCGUACAUAGAACAUAUUGUCAAACUAAUUCCCUAUUUUGAUGAAAACACCUUUCAUUAUUAUUCCGAGGGAAGAGAAUCAGUUAUCCGAUGCUCUUGCAACUCUUUCAUCCAUGUUUAA